CCAGGUAUUGUGCCGAUGUGUAUGGCGCAGUACGAGCGCGUAUUCUCCACCACACGUUUGCCUGGGAUGGAGUGCGAUGAGCUAGUGCACCUGGGUGCCUACGAGACGCACCACAUUGCUGUCCUGCGCAAGGGCAGCUGGUUUGCUUUGGACAUGUUUCAUAAAUCAGGUGCCGUGUUGCGUCCGUAUGAGAUUGAGGAGCAGCUGGAGCGUAUUAUCGAGAUGGCCGAUGGGCUCAAGCCUUCGGUGACCGAGUCGCGUAUUGCAGCUUUAACCGCGGGUGAUCGCACAUUCUGGGCCGAGGCACGCCGCAACCACUUUGGCCACGGCAUCAACCACUACUCACUCAGCGUCAUCGAGUCGGCCCUAUUUUGUCUGGUCUUGGACGAGAGCACCCCCGAAAAUUCCACCGAAGAAGCGUACCUGAACAUGCACGGCACUGGCGCCGACCGAUGGUUCGACAAGUCCUUCACACUCAUUGUGUACGGCAACGGCAAGGCGGGGAUGAACGUAGAGCACUCGUGGGCCGAUGCACCGGUUGUGGGACAUCUGUGGGAGCACAUGUGCGUAGGUGAGGCUGUAGAGGGCUGCUAUACGUCUGCGGGGCGCUGUGUGCAGCGCUCGCGCGAGUACAGCCGCACCACACCCCUCCCCAAACCAAACCAUCUGCAGUGGAGUCUGAACGACGCCAAGGCUAAGGCCGUCAUUGACCAGGCGUAUACUUCCGCUCAGGAGCUUAUCAGCGACCUUCACCUGGCGCAGCUGUGCUUCGACGAGUUCGGUAAAGGUCUGAUGAAGCAGUUCAAUGUAUCGCCCGAUGGUUUCCUGCAGCAGGCACUCCAGCUGACCUUCUACAAGAUACACAAGAAGAGCUGUCUUACCUACGAGUCUGCGAUGACCCGAACGUACCAACUGGGCAGAACCGAGACCGUGCGCCCAGCCACAGCCGCCAGUGGCGUAUUCGUCAAGAGCAUGUCGGACAGUGCCAAAACCAACAAGGAGCGUCUGCAGCUGAUGAAAGCCGCGUGUGCAGCCCACGUUGGCCGAUACCGUGAUGCGAUGAGUGGCCGAGGUGUGGAUCGCCACUUGUUUGCGCUGUACGUUGUGUCCCAGGGUCUCGGCGUAGAGUCGCAGUUUUUGAAGGAUGCCCUGAGUGAGCCAUGGAGACUGUCCACCAGUCAACAGCCGCAGAAACAGACCAAUAUCUGGGAACCACAGGGCAGGCACCAACACUUGGUGUGCUCGGGUGGCGGCUUUGGACCAGUCACCGACGAUGGAUAUGGAGUGUCGUACAUGGUUGCUGGUGAAGAUCUGUGCUUCUUCCAUGUAUCGUCCAAGCGUUCAUGCAGCGAAACUGAUUCCGUCAAGUUUGGUGAGGUGUUGUUCGAGUCACUCCGGGAAAUCCGCGAGAUGUUCUACGAUGCUACCUCGACCGAGGACGAGUAAGUCGGUUAGUACACAACUUUAAUACGCCACAUAACCAUUACAAAGUUCGCAUGGCGCCCAAUCAUAUUAGAGGGUGCCCUAUGCACGCCACAAGAACGUCUCCGGUCUCGGCAGAAUGCCCGUAGGUGCAAUACAGACGUACCUGGGGGCGGGCAAUGGAGAGGGCAAGGGUAUAUUCAAUUGUCCUUGAUCGGGUGAACUGUACUCACCAUGUACAGUAUUUGAAGUGGAGGAAGAUACUACACAAUAAGAGUUUGCCUCUGGGGGCGUUCCCGUUGCCUUGGCUGCAUAGAUGAAUUCGAUAGCGGUGCUCUGUUGGAGAUGAUCUGGAUAGGCGUGGCGAUAAAGAAAUUAGGGUUGUCAUAGCAACGCUUCUGGUGAACACUCUAAUAUCUCUCGUAACAAUUAGCGGCGCGCUGUCGACAGUUCGAUCAAGUCUGUACUAAUGCUGUAAGGGGACCAUAUGGGUGGAAGAGUGUAACAGAGACAGAUAAUCAAAUUUGACCGAGGUGGAAGCCGUCCCUAAUCCUAAUUUGUGAUCGAGAAAAUAUUAAUGACCCAAAUGUUUGCCAUUAGAGUAGUUCUGUGGUACCAGGCGUACUGCAGCCAACAUACAAAUUAGUCUUAAUAAACCA